AGUUAUUUAUUAUUAAACUUAUGAAUUAUUUCUGUCAAUGCCGGAAUUUUGCAACACUUUAGAUAUUUAAAAUGAUUAAAACCUGAGGUUUGUUGUUGUCUGAGUGAAAGUGAAACCGAGCUGUGACUGUGCUGUAAGAUUUGUAUGUGUUACUCUGUUUAAACAAUUGAUUGGAGGCAUUGCUUGAUAUUAUGUUCAGCAGAGCAGAUAUUAAGUCCAAUACAGCUAUAAAGAUGCCUCCAAAGAAGAAAAAUGGAAUUCCUGACAGGUGGACAGACUAUACAGCAGUGGGUAAACGGAUCCCAGGAACACGUUUUAUUGCAUUUAAAGUUCCCUUAAAAAAGUCUCUGUUGUAUCGUUUAACAGAAUUAGAAGCCUUUGGACCUUUUGAUCUUGUGCACAUGUUGGAAAAGGAUGGGCAGGAAUUGGGGCUCAUCAUUGAUCUUACCUUCACAACUCGCUACUACAAAGUUGAGGAUUUGCCAGACACGCUACACUACAUGAAGAUUUUCACAGCAGGACAUGAAGUGCCAGACGAUGCCACAAUUCUCAGCUUCAAGAAAGCUGUCAGACAUUUUCUACGUGAGAAUGAAAGUAAUGAUAAGCUCAUUGGUGUUCAUUGCACGCAUGGUUUAAAUCGCACUGGCUAUCUUGUAUGUCGAUACCUUAUAGAUGUUGAUGGGAUGGAGCCCAGAAAAGCGAUAAAUUUGUUUAAUGCGUCAAGGGGUCACUCAAUAGAAAGGCAAAACUAUCUUGAUGACUUGACUGCUGGGCCCAAAAGAAGUAAUGUGGGAAUAGAGGUACCAGAACAAGAACCUGAUGUGGGACGCCUCAGCUUGAGAGAUGAUUUCAGUCAUCCUCAUCGAAGUGAUCAACAUUACCAUCAAGCUCCUUUUAGUGAUCAGCGAUCUCAUCCACAGAGCCACAGAGGACGCCAGCACCAAUUUGUCCCGUUUCCCCAAAGGAAUGACAUGAUGCGGUUCACACCCCCACAGCGACAGCCCCUCCGUCCCCCCUUGUUUCCUACUCCACCUCCAGAAACGAGACUUAUGAGACCUCCUUUUCCCAACCAGAGGUAUAGAGGUGGCAACUCCGGUCCUAUGCUCCCAUAUCCACCCCCACUGCCUGCCUACAGGUUUGGUGAGCCAUGGCAGGACCCAAAUAGACAUCCCCUGCCUUUCCCCCCUGGGGGACCUGUGAGAAACCAGUCAGGGCCCCACAGAAAACAUCGACAUAGAGGUAAAAAAGGACCAAAAAACAUGGGAAACUUUCAAUAAUCGCCAAAACCACUGGACUGAGUUGCUUUUUAAACACAAACUGGAAUGGCUCUUGCGUUUCCAUUGUUUCUGUGAAGGAAUUAUGUUUUUUACUUGGUUGAGUAAAUGGAUGCUGUCUUUAAAAUUGGUUGAGAUUUGCUCUUUUAUUGGGUUUUGCCAGAUGACAAGUGUGAUAUGUUGGUUAGGGAGUUUUUAUAUAUUUUUACUUGUUACUCUGUUACAACAUGCAAUUUGGAAGAGCUUAUAUCCUAGUAUCAUAUACACACCUGUUUGUUUAAGAAGGCCUAAUCUAUGCUGUUUAUGCCCUUAAGUGCAAACCUUGUUUUAAACAUUAAAGCUAAGCCUGAUUUAAUAAGGCAAUUAUUAUGGUCAUUAUUUUUUUUAUAAAAAUGGUAUUCAGAUUGGGACUAAAGAGAUUGAGACUAAAGGGUGUUUGGACUUUGACUCAUUUGGAUAAAACUGGACAGCCAUAUCAUGUAUUUUAAAUAUUAUACACUAACGUGCUAUUUAAAGUUGUUUUAUUAUCACAGUUUUUUUGCAUGUUUUAUUUAUUUUAGCAGUUGAAAUACUUUGAAGUGUAUUGGUUUGCCAGUUGUGUUUUGGUAACACCGAGAGAGGGUUGAAAGAUUGUGAUCUUGGUUAUAAAUAUUUAGAAAAUCUAACUCAAAUAAAGGUCAUUUAACCUUGA